AUGCCUCCAAAAGCAGCAGAAAAAAAACCAGCAACUAGUGUUAAAAAACGAAAAGCUAGAAAAGAAACAUAUUCUAGCUAUAUUUAUAAAGUUUUAAAACAAGUGCAUCCAGAUACUGGUAUUUCAAAUAAGGCCAUGUCAAUCAUGAAUUCUUUUGUAAAUGAUAUCUUUGAACGAAUAGCUGGUGAAGCGUCAAAACUCGCAGCUUACAACAAAAGAUCAACCAUUUCGUCUCGUGAGAUUCAAACGGCUGUAAGACUUAUUCUUCCGGGUGAAUUGGCAAAACAUGCAGUGUCUGAAGGAACCAAAGCUGUGACAAAAUACACAAGUGCUAAAUGA